AUGCCGCCUGGUGCAGCAAACCCGUCCAUGGUGGCGUGCACACCAUGCCGUGUUGUCAAGAUGAAAUGUACUCGCGAGUUAAACUCGACCAUAUGCUCCCGUUGCAAGCGCAAGUCUUUGACUUGUUAUUUUGAAGCACACCGACGUGGCCGCAAACCCGGCACAAGGUUGCGUCCAAAACCGGAACGAACUCAGGAGAGAGGCUAUCUUGAAUCAACAUACCGCGCACCGUCUACCCCAUCAACGGAUAGAGAUGUGCCAGCGAGUGUAGAACGAAAGGAGUGUUCAGAGCCUUCUCUGGCAUCUGAUAGCCUUGCGCCAUAUGGCUGGCUCCCAAAAUCCGCUACGGCUGGAAAAUUUUCCAUCGCAAACGUACUCAAUGCAGAAGACGAAUCUCCCACACAUCAUGCUUCGGAAUACAGAGCCCGAAGCUUUGCAACAGAUGAAAACUACGUCAAUGAUAUGAACGAUCCUAUAAACCUCGAUAUUGUUGAUCUUCCUACGUCCCGCAUUUUGUUUGAAAACUUUUUCAAUUACAUGAACCCUUUCAUCUGCCAAUUUGAUCCAAGACUACACACACUUAAGUACAUACGGACGCGGUCAUCUUUUCUGUUUUCCGCCGUCCUUGCUGCGGCAGCAAAGAUUUUCAAGCCAUCCUUAUACUCUAAACUUCAUGAACAUGUAGAACACAUCCUCAAAGAUGUCCUAAGCUCCGGAAAAAUAUCUACAGAAAUUGUGCAGGGAAUCUGUCUUUUGACCUAUUGGAAAGAACCAAGUGAUUCACGGGCAUGGCUCCUGGUGGGUUACGCUAUACGGGCGGCUAUAGAAAUGGGUUGGCACAAGUUUAAGCCACCGCCUCUACAUCACACUGAAGGCUCAACGCGAGAACCAAUGGAAUCAGAGAUUGAAGUCCGCGAGCUGCGAAGUAAAGAACGAAGUUGGCUUAUGUUAUUUGUGUAUGACAGAAGUGUGAGCCUACAACUGGGGAAGCCAUGGAUGAUUCAAAUUGAUUCCCUGAUUCGAAGCGCAGAAACUUGGCACCAACAUGUCUACGCGGUGCCUGGUUGUGAUCAAAUCAUGUCUGCGUUCGUACAGCUCCGCAUCCUUGGGUCUGAGAUUGUAGAGCUCUUCUGGAUCGAUCCAGUUGCCACGACUGCACAAUCGAUUAUCAAGAAUGAAGUUAUCUUGAAGCUCUUCAACGGCGAGUUGGAUAGAUGGGAGGCUAAAUGGUACAAGAUUGUCGAAGAAGUCAGCACCAAUGUUGCCCAUCGCUUUAUCAUCCGGUUUUACGGAACGCAUCUUCGACUCCUCUUGCACUCCUUUAGACUUCAGCUCUCAAUCCUGAGUGGGAAUAUUUCCAAACAAGCACUCUGGGUUUGCUAUACCAGUUCCUUGGAUAUGCUUCGCUUAGUUGUUGACAGACUUGGGGUAACAUCCCACUCGCCUUACUGUCAAGACUCUGUUCAUGUGAUGGUCGCGUAUGCUGCUGUGGUUAUGAUCAAGAUCUUGCUCUCUUUACCGGGGGAGCUCCCUGUCGAAUCCGAAAGCCUGAUCCUCGAACUCAUCAGCGAAACUGGCAAAACCUUCAGCACACGAGGCCAAGCUACAAACACUAGCUCCUACCACCAAAGCAGAUUCCUCGCAAACGUAGUUGCGCAGUACCGGAAGUCGAAGGAGGAACCAUCAUUCCCAUCAAACAAAUGGCUGAAACAGCAACACCAACUUCUAGAGAAAAGAGGGAACCUAGAAUAUCGUCUUCGUCAGUUACCUCCUCCCCAACACCAGGGAGGAAAUACGGCAUCUCAACGAUCGACUUCCCCUCCCCAAGCAAUUCUGCCCCUAUCCCCCCCAACAGUUUCCGGAAAUGUGCAGGGAUAUCAACAAAACUCGCUUCCCCCUCCACAAAAUCGAGAGCAGCAGCAACAAUUGCACCAGAACCACUUCGACCAACCCAAUACCAAUCAAGCCCAAAUAACCUUACAGCCGGACCCACACCAAUUCCCUCAAGUUCAAGCAAACACACAGCUGUCACAGCGAGCAUGCCCGCCACUGGACCUCAAUCCAUGUCCAAUUCUUAAAGCUCGGAAUAACAACAUUUUUACAACCUCUACACAGAAUAACAUCGAGACCUUUAUGGCGAUGGAAGGCCAGAGUACUGCUACACCACUAUUUACUGAUAACCUCGUCUGGGAGGAUCUGUUUGCGCACGCUGGGUUCAAUAUAAGUAGUGGCGCGUUUUUGCCAAAAUUGGCCGACGGGACCGGAAUGGGCGCUUGA